AUGGACAAGGUGCAAGCAAAGGCUAAAGUGUGCAGUCAGGUUGGGGGAUUGCGGCCUUUACUCGUGGCGAUGGUGGUGGGGGGAAAUCUGUACCACACUCGAGACAAGACUCAUUCGCCCCCCUUAGAGCGCAUCUCCCCGCCGCUGGCCAUAUGGGCGGCGAUAUUAAACCUCUGUAUUUUAUCCUUGGAUGCUGUCAGAUUCUUAGGAUUCCAAUAUUGUAAAGGCUCGAUUUUGCUUGAUAUAACUAACCUCUCUUACGCCGUGACUACUUGCUUUUACUGCAUCGUGGUAGUCGCUAGGAGCCGCCGCCUGGCCAGACUGCUCAACCAUCUGGAGGACAUAGACUAUUACCUGACAGGUCUUCAGGAGCGGCGCCCACGAGUGUUACGUGAUCCCAGUACAGUGAUCAAUAUGAUGGCUCUUGUCAUUUUGAAUGUCUCCGUCAUUAACUUCGUGACGGACAUGAGCAGCGUGGUGGAUGUUGUGCAUUCGGGAUUAGUGAUGUUCAACAUCUUGGUAACAUCUUCUCUCUUCAGGGCCAUCUUCAGACUCCUUGCUUGGAACUUGCAGCAUAUCCUGGCCGAAUCCCGCAUGUCAUCCCAUGUGGUUGGUGGCUCCAGGGGCCUCGAUGUGCAUCGGCUACAGGCGGUGUGUCUCAGGGUGGAGAAGGCCAAGACUGCCUUGCUGGAUUACCUUGGGGUGCCCAUCGCCGCCCUCUUAUUGGGUUACGCCAUAACGAUGCUCGUGACUUUUUUUUUCGUUAUCAAGAUGAACAAUGACCGCAUCAUCGUCACCAUGGUCAACAUCUCCAUGAUCAUCGCCAUCAUUAUGAUCUGCAGCGCCCCGCAACUACUCAAGAACCAGGUUGACGCGAUGGAGAGGGAACUGCUGAUGGCGGGAAGUAUGAACCCUGCCACUCACCACCAGGCACCUUAUGAGUCGCCUAUAGCUGCUGUGAACCGCCUGGCUAGACUCGUCUCCGAAACAAAUCCCUCCAGUCUCUCCAUCACCCUUCCGCUUACUAGCAUUGACUGGGAUGCGUCUCGGAUAUGA